AGCGACUUCAAGCAAGAGCAACCCAUCUUCGAACUAUAUCCACGCGAUCUGCUAUGAAUCGCCCCAAUCUGCAUACAGUCUCACUGUUUGAUCUCAAUGUUGAUGUUAUGAUUUAUAUCGUCUGUUGCUUGCGUCACCUCGACUUGUUUCAUCUAGCCUUGACAUGCAGAGCAUUGCACGAUAUUUGCGAACUUUACGCUUAUAGGCGCGUAUGCCUAACUGGUUUCCCCGCGACAAUAGCAUGGACCUACUUCCUCAAGACACCGGAGGGUAUGAGCUAUCCGACCAUUGGUUGGCUCCUCGUCGAUGUUCAGGUCUCACUGAACGUUAUGCGGGCUACAAAGACCCUGAAUAAUCCGAAGUACAACUCGAACCUCAUUCUUUGCGCCAAAAAUAUGUCGGUUCUACUGGCGGGGACGUAUGCCCAGUUGUCGAAACUCCAGUUCUUCGACCAGGGCGAGUGUUUGCAGCGCAAACCCCGCAUUGCAAACGCCAUCGUCAAAAUGACCAAUCUUGUCGAGUUUGGCAUGUCGCGUAGCGGACAUGGCACACGCUUAUUGAAAAGGAUGAGGCAGCCCCUCCGUAGCUUACAAAUCGGCAAGCCGGGCGGGCUGCCUUCUGCUAUACAACCACCCACCCUCCCGCACCCUGCUAACAGCUUGGCCGAUAUCUCGCAUUUCGCCCAAACCCUCGUGAUACUGGCGCUGGAGGAGUCAUAUCUCUCACAUCUCCAUGGCUCCGGGUCAUUUCCCCGUCUCCGGUAUCUGCACACAACGUACACUCCUGACCAGUCACGACCCGUGCAGUGGUCCCGUGUUAAUGCCAUAUUCCCCGCAUUGCGAUACUUCGUCUACCUGAAGGAGGACAAAUAUCCAUUCACAGGGGUGGAGCGUUCUCGCGCUUACAACAUGGCGAUGGAUUAUCUGGAUGAUGAUCAAUUUCAAGGCUUGUCGCUGCGGGCGGACUGCGAAGGGGCCGAGCGCGUCUGCGAAACUCUUGAUGCGGGGGAAUUGAUUGUGGUAGACGAGUCAAAGCAAGGCUUCAACUUCUCCGUACGGCCGGCGGUGUUACGCUGGUUCCAGCAUAAACCCGAGGAUGCGAGGAAGACCCUUCAAGGUCUGACACGCAGUGUUCCCUCCCUGAAGGUCAUACUCUUUGGCUCACUCGCCGCCAUAUCCGACACGCAUAUGUCAAGAUGCGACGGGAUCUGCAAAGGGUCUGUGACGGACAUGAAGCACCUCCUGCGCGCAUUGCCCAUCGCGAGCCUUAACCUGCGGUUGCAUUCCUCUGUCCUGAACGGCAUGUCUGCUGCCAACCGCUCAAGCUCAGGCCCCGCAGAGGCAUACGCGACGGAGCUUGCCAGCGUGAUACCUCGCUUGAGAUAUAUAAGUCUAUACAUCCUAGGAUCAACGGAACAACAACCAAUCUCGUGGAAAGUUGUCAAGCGGAAGCUCCUUCGCGUCUCGGGAGCGGCCAACCAGCAGUGGAGAGAAUCUCAGCUUCGCGAAUGUUCUGCCUGGGCAAGAGAGGAGUGGCUCGUGGAGCUGUUUCUACAUCCAAAAAAGAAGACCAGACAGGGCAACGCAAUGAAUCUCCACAUAUCGCCAUACUUUACCAGCUACGACGAUGACGAUUAUGAAGCGCCGUACCGCAUUAGGUACUGCGCAGACGAUGAUGAUGAUCGUGCCGUCUGGGAAUAUCUUCAUGGCUAUCGUGACGAAUACUCUUAAAGGCGGUAUGUCAGUGGGAGAAAUAGUACGUGACCACAAGGGGACUGGUAUGCACAACUGUACUGGCGAUUGUGACUGUACGAUCCGACUUCGGGGCGCGUAGUCUAGAAAUUGUGAGGAUAUG